AUGGGCAUUGGCGAGGUGCCUAGAUGCAUAAUAGCAAAGUCUAUCGUCAAAGUGGUGAGAAAUGAUGUUCAGGAGGCUGUGGGUCCACUACAAGCAUGCAAAGGCCACAAAGCUGGAUGUGAAGCAGCAGUUCAUGCAAUGAGAGAGAUCAUAUCAGAUGAAACAGAAGCAGUAUUACUAGUGGAUGCUAGUAAUACUUUUAACACAAUCAAUAGGCAAGCAGUAUUACAUAACAUUGGUAUAAUAUGUCCCUCCUUAUCAAGAGUGCUAAAUAAUACCUAUCAAGCACCAGUUCGGUUAUUCGUAAUGGGAGGGGCUGAAAUUGAGUCAUCGGAGGGAAUUACCAAAGGAGAUCCUCUUGCAAAGGAGAUCCUCUUGCAAGCUGAGAUCACUAUGAACCAACCGUUAAACAGGUAUGGUUUGCUGACGAUUCCUCAGGUGGCAGAAAGAUAA